CAAAUAUCAAUAUAAUCAACACCAACUAUCUUUAAUAUCAAUUAAUCUAUCCUUGAAUCAAUCAAAAUGGGCUUUAUUCACUAUACCUUUGACUUACUCUUACUCUCAAUUCUUUUAGCUGGUGUUAGAAGAGACACAGGGUUAACAUUAGAUCCAAAUGACUUCCAUUCAUUAGACAUACGUCGUUAUUUGUCUAAAUAUUUAUAUAUUGGUGAAGUUGCCUACGAUUAUUUGGUAUCUUUCUUAAAGAGCACAGGUCUACUUAAAAUCAAGACAAAUAAUGUUGAUAAUUUCUUAAGUAGUGUUAAAAGGAAUGUCAGUGAUUUCAAUAGAGAUUUCAAUGACAUUUCUAACUCAUUUAAAAACAAAUAAUUACACUCUUUACAGUAAUUAUACCUCAUUUAUAAAUUAGUUAUUUUUUAUUUAGAACUAAUUAAUUUUAAUUUAAUUUAAUGAAUUUGAUGUUGUUUUUUUCUUUCUUUAUGUUUUUUGUCCUUUU